AUGAUUGUAUCACAAAGGUCUUUCUUUCAAGCACACCCUUUUCAUUUAGUUUUAUUCACUUUAACUACAACAGGUGUAUCAACCAUGCAUAACUUCGAACAUGCUAAUUUUAACCUGUAUAUUUCUUUUAUAACUUUAAUUUUAUCCAUUGAGGGUACAUAUUUAGGUAACCACACUUUAGCAGUACAAAAAGGACUUAAUAUGGGUGUAGCAUUAUUUAUUGUCUCUGAAGCUUUUGCACUAUCUCCUACUAUUGAAUUAGGAAAACCUAUUAAUCCUUUCGAACUUCCACUUUUAAAUACUAUCCUAUUACUGUCUUCGGGGAUAACUGUAACAUAUGCCCAUCAUUCUUUAAUUAAAGGGGAUAGAAAAGGAAGCUUAUAUGGCUUAGCUUAUACUAUUAUAUUAGCUAUAAUCUUUACAGCAUUUCAAGGUAUUGAAUAUACAGUUUCAUCUUUUACAUUAAGUGAUGGUGUUUUUGGUUCCUGUUUUUAUUUUGCCACUGGUUUUCAUGGUUUACAUGUUAUAAUCGCUUAUCAUAUAACAGAAAAUCAUCAUUUAGGCUUAGAGUCUGGAAUAUUAUAUUGA